AUGAUGCAAAAGCCACACAAGCGGGCCCGAGUUACAGACUCUGAAAAAUCAAGAGCUCAACAAGAUGCAACCACGGUCGCCAUCGCCGGCGACGAAGUAGUGAGUGGAACGACCACUGCGAGUGAUACAUUAUCCGAGAGUCGGAAGGGUUUCUUUCUCCCACUCGAAGGGAAGGAUAUCCAAUUUCUGCACCUCCGGCACCCGGAGAGCGGACCCCUCGAGAGGGUUCUGUUCGGAGCUACCCCGCGCCUCAUCUGGAGAUACGCAAGCAGCAUCCAUAUCCCAUGGGGCAACCCAAUCUACUCCCGGGCCCCACCACCACCAUUGAACAACCGCGAGCGGAGUGUGCCACUGCACAUUGAGUCCCUUCGUGGUCCUUCGCCUCUACAUAUCUGCAGCACAGGCAACAACGAUAAUGCUCCGGAGGUCAAUCGUAUGGCUCACGGCGAUCACUGGACCUACGAUUAUUGGUUCUACGACGCUGAGCAGGAGCAUUCAGAAGAUGGCGAGGGUGAUAAAGAGGAUGAGGUGACCGAGGACGAUUUCUGCUGCUUACAGACCUCUCGGUUCUGGUUGAUCGAUGAAGAUGAUCAUGGUCGUCCGCUUAAUAGUACAAUGGAGCCAUUUACCUUCACCCCGUGGAGUUCGCCGCUUGGAUAUUCGUAA